ACCAGACGCAACAGUUUUCGUCAUCGUUCCCAAAAGAAUCGAUACAGCUCCCACACUAGAUUACCCAUAGCCCUGAUCUCAAAGAUGGAAAACCCCCAAAAUCUCCCACAAAACCCCAAAAAGCGAUCUUACGACACCAUUCCGAACAUCCAAGAUUCAAAUUACUACAAGAUUCGAGCCCUUCUUAAGGAUCUUCGUCCUCACUUCCUUGAGGUUCUCCGGACUCCAGACUUUCAGACGUCCAAAGCUGCUAAUGAAAUCAAUCAACAAAUGAAGGUUUUGAUGAAGCUAUACGAAGAGAUGACCUCAGAAACAAACACCAUGGAGAAAUGUAAGACCACCAUUGCUGACCACAGUGUCGAUGACCGGAAAAAGUCAACAGAUGUCAAACCCCCCGAGCCUCCAUUAGAGAAAGAGAAAACUGUGAUCAGAAAACCUUCAGAAGAGAGACCUGCUACGGUUGAAGAAGUAGUAUCACAUGGUAGCUACAUUGUAGGUGGGUCCGCUUUUGGUUGGAAUUUCAUCACCUAUCCCAGCACCAAAUUAACCGCGUAUUAUGGUAGAAGUAAAGAGGAUUUCCGGGCAGCUAAUCCCAUACCAACUUACUCAGAAAUGGCCGAGUAGCAUACCAUUAUUGAUUUAGAGAAAGAUUACAUGUUAAUCGCUCGUCACUGAAUGUUUUAUUUGUAGUUUGAUGUACUUUUGAGGACUUGGUCAGUGUCUCUUUUGAUGAUUUUGUUAAAUAUGUUUUCUGCUUU